UGAACAUAAAGUCUUAUGCCGUGGCUGACAGGUGAUCUCGCCGAUCGCGUUUUCGGCGCGUACACGCUGGCUAGUCUGAUGUACGCCAAUGGCUGGAAAGGACUUCAUAUACUUGGCAACAUGUGCGGCCAUAAGCGUGUACGGGUUCGCUUUUGGAAUCACAAUUGGUGCGGCGUUUGGCAGCUUGGCGACAAUUUUAGCUGUGCUGCCUAUGGUGCUGUUGUCGUUUCUGCUGUUUGGCAGGCUGCUUGUCAACACAGGGAGUAUGACUGUCUGGCUUGGGUGGGUCCACCGGGUCAGCCUGAUAAAGUACGGCUAUGCCGUGCUGUCCAGGAUCCAAUACACUGGGUAUGUUGUUGAUGGAGUGUCUGUCGGCGACUCCUAUCCACACAGCACCCAGGUGGGUAGCCUUUUGGUUUGGACCAGCAUUAGUUUUGUAUUUGUGCCGGCCUCUGUCCUAUGGUGCGUGUCGUAUGUGGCGUUGUGGAGUCUGACAGAAUCCAGCCAGCACAAGCAUAGUCGGCGCCAGCUUAAAGAAUCGCUACUGGGGUCAUUCUAUCACCGGCUCAAUGUGGCCAUCUCGCUCAGCAAUGCAGACCAGUAUCUGCCCAUGAUCUCGCGGUAGAUGUACACGUCAGGUAUGUGCCAGUUUCUCAAUGUGGGGCCUGAAUAAAUCGUAUAAGCGCUAUGACGUGCAAAUAUGUCACACAGCUGACACCCAGCAUGUAAUUCUCUUGUGAAUUCGACGCAUGCGAUUGCCCAGAUGGUAGCUGGAUGGCCUACGUCAUUCAAUAUAUGCAAAAAUCAACCUGGCGGUUUGUGCGCAGCAUUUAUCGGGCACAAUUGCCAUAACCUGGGCAUAAAGCACCAGUUGCAGAAUCAGCCAAGCGUGUUGUUCCUGGGG